AUGUCAGGCGUCACAUGGAAUUUGGAUCCGUUGUCGCGCGUACGUCGACCUCGAAGUCGUCCGCCAUUAAUGCAUAACAUCAUACGCGUGAAGAGCUACGCGGACAUCGAGACCAUCUCCAGAGCCACCGACGCUCAGCCAUCGGUUCCGCACGACUUCCUGUCGACCAUCCGUCGGAUAUCAGACAUUCACCGCAAGAAUGGCAGCCGAAACAGCGCGCCGGCCGUCAACUUUGGCGCCUAUAUGCCAAACCUGAGCAUCAGUUCCGGGGACUCGGAUGAAGACCAGACGUUCUUGAAUUGUCUUAAAGGCAUCCAGACGUCGACCCCGCAGACGGCAAGCAAACGUCUGCCAAUCGCUGGCCCUUCGUGCGCACCAUCGAGUAGUAGCCGACGUGUGGCCAACACUUCCACACCUAAUGUUCCCUUAAGUCUCACCAAAAGGUCGGCCAAUAAAGCGCUGAAACCUCUGCCAAACAUUUUGAUGAACCAAACGCUGACACCAAUCGGCAGAUCAGUUGAGAGUCCGAAGCCCUCGACUGUCAUUAGGAAAUCAGUGAACAGAUCCGUGAAACAGAAGACUCCGAUACACGAGAGGACUAUGCGAUCAGUUGGUCGCAAGAGUUAUAUACCGGAGUACUUGGAGCGCACAGUUCUCGACAGCAGUCCCUACGGCUCGCCAUUCACUCCAAUGACUAUUGUGAAGAAGAAGAAGAAGAAGUCGAGGAAUAAUAAGACAAUUAAUAACACGACUGCUGUCAACAACACAACGCUCUUCAACGACACGACCGCCACUCAAAUGCAUCGCUCCUUCCGGUCGACCACUACUCAAACAAACGAUAGUCUGAGACAAAUGAGUGAUGUCUGCAAUCAGACCUUCGAUGUCCCCAUAAUUGACAAAACCAUUGAUCAGUCGUUGACUCGAAUGAACGACCGCUACAAGAGUAUAGAGAGGGGUCGGGAUAUGACGGCAGGUAUUGACACCGAUGUGAUGCCUGGUCUCAACUUAACAGGUCUUGAGUUAAAUGAAUCAAACGGUAAGCAAAUGGCUGUCGGAGAGGCCGUCAAUGAUGUCGAGACAAUGGAUAAUAAUGUUGAGGACGUAGAAGAAGAUAAUGAAGAGGACAGUGAAGUCGAAGAUGAAUUGAGUAAUGCUAUCGAUGUUGACAAUGAUAUCGAUGAUAAAGACAAUGACGAAGAAGAGAGUGAAGUCGAGGCCGAAGAUAAUGCAGAGGAGAGUGAAGUCGAGGCCGAAGACAAUGCAGAAGAGAGUGAAGUCGAGGCCGAAGACAACGAAGAAGAGAGUGAAGUUGAGGCCGAAGACAAUGCAGAGGAGAGUGAAGUCGAGGUCGAAGACAAUGCAGAGGAGAGUGAAGUAGAAGCCGAAGACAAUGAAGAAGAGAGUGAAGUCGAGGCCGAAAGCAAUGCGGAAGAGAGUGAAGUCGAGGCUGAGGUCAAUGAAGAGGAGAGUGAAGUCGACGUACAAGACAGCGAAGAAGAGAGUGAAGUGGAGGCCGAAGACAAUGCAGAGGAGAGUGAUGUCGAAGAUCUGGAAAAGGAUGUCGAGAAAGAUGUGGUCAUUGAGGAGAACAACAAUAUUGUUGAAGAUUUAAAUACUAAUGUCAACGAAGAGAAUAAAGACAUUGAAGAUGAUAACGAUGUCUUCAUUCCUCUCAAUGAUAUCGAAGACGAGAACAACGAUUGCGGAGAUGUUGACAAUAAUGCCGAAGAAGUUAAUGUCGUGGAAACGGCUCCCAAUGAUAUCGAAGAUCAUAGCAGUGAUGACGAAGGCAUUGAUAAUAAUGACGUGGAAAUGGUAACCAAUGAAAGUGAUGCCGAAGACGUGGCCACAGGCCAUGAGGAGCAACAGAUCCCAGAUGUGGAGUCAAGCAAAGAGACCGUCGAAGAGAAUGAAGGAGAGUUGAGGCGAUCGAAACGCAAUCGAUUACAACCUCUGGAGUUCUGGAGAGGCGAGAGAGCUGUCUAUAAGAGAGACAGCUCUGGAAUCACCGAAAAGAUCGUAACAGUUCUCGAAGGCUCUCAAGAAAUACGAAGAGUUCGCACAAAUAAUACGAAAGGAAUUAAACGAAAGUUGAAUUUCGAUGAGAAGAGAGGCAAAGAGAUAAACAUUUUCGACUUAAGUAUUCACAAGAAAGUGAAGACCAAUAAAGAGAAACCGAACUCGAAUAUCAAGUCAUUCGACGAUAUGGUGUGGAAAGUGUCGGCUCAGAGCGAGGGCGUCGACAUCGCCAUCAUCAACAAGAACAGAGCCAAAGGCGACGCCAUCGGAAUGUUGCGCUUCCAGGGAAUGGCCACUAAAAACAAGUCCCGAACCGGCGAUUAUGAGACACAUCUGUGCGUCACAUACGGCGCGCUUCUACUUAAAGUGGACACCAGUUCCAGUUGUGUCAUCAAAACGGGUGACAAUUUCACCAUCAAAUCCAACACUAAUUACUCGUUGAGUAAUCUAAGGAAAGACAUCGCAUACCUGUCUUUCACUGUAUUAAAAGACUGA